GACACCGGGAACGGGGAAGCGGCUCCGCCUCUUCCUGCGGCGGGCGGCCGCGAUGCCGCUGCAGCCCCUGGUCUGUGCUGACACAACCACGCGGGUGAGCUCGGUGCUGAACCGGGACGUGAAGCAGUUUGGGAAGCAGCACAUGUUCGACGCCAGCGAGGAGACCUGCUGGAACUCGGACCAGGGCUCGUGCCAGUGGGUCACCCUGGACUUCCCCCGCCCCGUCAAGGUCUCGCAGCUCCAGGUCCAGUUCCAGGGGGGAUUCUCCAGCCGGCUGUGCACGCUGGAAGGCUGCAGAGCAGGUGAAGAGCUGGUGAAGAUCUCCGAGCUGUACCCCCAGGACAGCCAUGCCAUGCAAAUAUCCUUUGCCAUGUGUGGCCCUCCCCUUGGUGGGGGGGCUCGGAGCCCCCCGAGGCUGUGGAGGGGGGAUGAGGGCACAGUUGGGAACCUGAGGUUCCAGGUAGAGGAGAAGGUGCUGGACAGGCUGAAGAUCACCUUUGAGAACAGCACAGACUUCUUUGGCAGGAUCGUGGUCUAUCACCUGGGGGUGCUGGGGGAGAGGCUGUAG